CGGUCUCCAUUUUAACUCCUCGCCCAGCCUGCACCUCACGUGUCCUGGACUGUCUUUCUCACAUGACCCGUGUGUUUGUCCCCGUGAUCAGCGCUUCCAUCUCCCGUAUUUCAAGUGUCGCUGAAUAUUGCGAUUUUAAAUCCGCUCGCCUUCAUGGAUAUGCUCGAACAGAGCUUGGACACCUCGACGAGUCACGAGAAACAGGAAACUGAGGAGGUUGUUCAACUACAGGAAGCAGAGGGGGUGGGGGCCGAGGAGCAGGCGGCGGUUACCAUAGCGAGCGUCCAGCAAGCAGCAGCGUUUGGAGACCAUAAUGUUCAAUACCAGUUUCGCACAGAGAGCAAUGGUGGACAGGUGACGUAUCGCGUGGUCCAGGUCACAGAAGACCACUUGGACUCAGCAGUAGAUGGAGGAGCUGCAGUCAGUGUGGUGUCUACGGCUGCUUUUGCAGGAGCACAGCAGGCAGUAGCGCAGGCCGUUAUCCAGAACCCCUUCAAUGGAGGCAGUCCAGCAGGGGAGGCGGUGGGUGGAGAAACGCGCUUUGCCUACUUUCCUGCAGCGACUGUCAGCGAUGGUACAGCUGUGUCAGUGCAGGCCACGUCUGAUCCAACUCUUACACAGGCUGGAGGCCAGUUUUACGUGAUGAUGAGUCCACCAGAUGUGUUACAGACUGGCACACAGCGGACCAUCGCCCCUCGUACGCACACUUACUCCACAGACCUCGGUGAUCGUGAGACUCUUCAUCACAACAGCUCAGACUGGAAAAUUGAUGGACCCCGAGCACCUCGUGAUGAGAGAAGGAGAGCACAGCAUAAUGAAGUGGAAAGGAGGAGAAGAGACAAAAUCAACAACUGGAUUGUUACACUAUCUAAAAUCAUCCCUGACUGCAAUAUGGAUAAUACCAAAACGGGAGCGAGUAAAGGAGGUAUCCUGUCUAAAGCUUGUGACUACAUUAGAGAACUCAGACAGACUAACCAGAGGCUACAGGAGAGCUAUAAAGAGGUGGAGAGAAUACAAGUGGAUAAUGAGCUACUUAGACAACAGAUUGAAGACCUGAAGAACGACAAUGCACUGCUUCGAGCUCAAUUACAACAGCACGGCCUGGAAAUGAACGAAACUACAUCACAGUGACAAAAAAACAUUAACCAGCUAGAGACUCGACAGCAAAGCGGAUUUAUAACCCCCACGAACUCACUUGCUCACGUCUCAUCACAGACUUCAGAUAUUUAGCUGUUCAGUAGGAUAUGAAUGCGUAUGUUACACAGACAAAAGACUUUGACAGUAGUGAAAAUGUACCUGCUGUAAAAGCACACUUUGGUUUCUCUUUCACUCCUACGAGAACCCGGGACCCUGGACUCACUCAGUAUGGAAUUACCCACCUGCAUCCGGCUUUCAACAGAUCUUUGUCCUAUUUUGAUUAUUGGAACCAGUUAUAUGCCUGCUCAUGCCUAAUGGUCAUCAUUUUUUGUUUUGUUUAAUACACUUUUAUGACAGAA